CGCUUUAUAAUAACCAGGAGGCAGAAGGGAGUUUGGGUUACUUGAAUCUCUCGCAUGCAAGAAAGCCUCUGAAUCUCUCUUUGUCUCUCUCGCUUUCUCUCUUUCUUUUUGUUUCAGUUCUUGAAAAAGCGCUAUGGACGCUUGUGUAAAGCAAGAGUUGGUGGCGCCUUGGAGUGCGGCGGAGCGGGGGAGAAGAAACGACGACGUUGCGAGGGAACCGCUCUCGGUGAUCGAACUCAGCGACUCCGACUCCGACUCCGACUCGGACGACGAAAACGACGCCGUUUCGAGGAAGAAAGCGAGGGUUUCAAAGGAGAGGGUGCUGAAAGAGUUGGGGGUGGUUCUGCCUACGGGAUUCCUCCAAGCGCUUCCUGCAGCAGCGGGUAUGGCGCUCACGCGCCGGCAAUCGGACGCGACUCUCGCCUCAACUUGGCAGAGCUCGUGCAAGCAAUUCUGGAAAGCUGGUGACUACGAGGGAAGUUCUCGUAGCGACUGGGAUUCGUCUUCUGUUGGCAUGGAUCAUGUCAGGGUUCAUCCUAAAUUUCUACAUUCCAAUGCGACUAGUCAUAAGUGGGCUCUUGGAGCUUUUGCAGAGCUUCUAGACAAUUCAUUGGACGAGGUCUGCAAUGGUGCUACAUAUGUUAACAUAGAUAUGCUUGUAAAUAGGAAAGAUGAGAGCAAGAUGCUGCUGAUCGAAGAUGAUGGUGGUGGGAUGGAUCCAGAUAAAAUGCGACAAUGCAUGUCGUUGGGCUAUUCUGCAAAAACCAAAGUAGCAAAUACUAUUGGACAAUAUGGAAAUGGGUUUAAGACAAGUACCAUGAGGCUGGGGGCAGACGUGAUUGUCUUCUCGCGUUGUCGUGGAAACGAUGGAAAAAGCCCUACGCAAAGCAUUGGGUUAUUGUCCUAUACAUUCUUGAGAAGCACAGGGAAGGAAGAUAUUGUAGUUCCCAUGCUUGACUACGAAAGAGUAGGAAAGGAAUGGAAAAAGAUUAUAAGAUCUUCUCCUGGUGAUUGGAGCAAAAAUGUAGAAGCAAUAGUUCAAUGGUCUCCGUUUUCAAGUGAAGCAGACCUUCUAUGUCAGUUUAACUUGGUGAGAAGUCAUGGCACGCGGAUAUUUAUCUACAAUAUUUGGGAGGAUGAUGAAGGACUGUUGGAACUUGAUUUUGAUGCUGAUCCUCAUGACAUUCAAAUUAGAGGCGUCAACCGAGAUGAGAAGCAUAUACAAAUGGCAAAACAGUAUCCCAACUCUAGGCAUUUCCUGACAUAUCGACAUUCAUUAAGGAGUUAUGCAUCGAUCCUCUAUCUAAGGCUUCCUCCAGGCUUUCGAAUUAUCCUUCGCGGGAAAGAUGUGGAGCACCACAAUAUAGUGAAUGACAUGAUGCUGUCUCAGGAGGUCACAUACCGGCCAAAUCCUGGUGCUGAUGGGGCCUCAAAGAACUUCAAUAUGCUUGCUGUUGUAACUAUUGGAUUUGUCAAGGAUGCAAAACAUCAUAUUGAUGUCCAAGGUUUCAAUGUUUAUCACAAGAAUCGGCUUAUUAAGCCGUUCUGGAGGCUUUGGAAUGCAGCAGGAAGUGAUGGUCGUGGAGUUAUAGGUGUAUUGGAAGCUAAUUUUGUUGAACCGGCUCAUGAUAAGCAAGGAUUUGAGCGUACAACAGUUCUUGCAAGACUUGAGGCACGAUUAGUACAAAUGCAAAAGAAUUACUGGUCCUCUAACUGUCACAGAAUUGGUUAUGCUGCAAGGCGUAAUAAGAAAAAUCCAUACGAAGGUGCAGAUAUAGAAACUUCUCCUGAUUACGUGACCCCAGCAUCUCAGUUGAAAUCGAAGUCUACUGCUUCAAUCAGCAAGACCCCGCCUCAACAAUUACCGAAAGACUCCGCAAAGUUAAAUCAUACGCAUGGAGGAAAGGAAUCAGGGAGAUUUCAGGGAUAUGGGGGUGGACAUUUGUCAAGUAAAGGGAAAAGUAGAACAAAGACCAAAUCUGGCAAAAAACGGAUUUCUUCCGAUUCAUCACCGUCUUCUGCAGAAGAUGUCAGUGAUGAUGACAUGCAUAUAGACCUACAUGAGAAACAUGCAAAUGGUAGUGGUCAUGAGACAUCCCAUGCUAUGAAAUCUUUUGCCAAAGAGGGCUUGGGUGUGUCAAGGCCAUCUUCAGGCGUUGGCGAUACUGGAUCACAACAAGGUUGUGCAUCAGGUGGAAGAAUUUUUCAACCCUCUCAAUCCCCGUCAAAGUGCGUUGGUGAUACUGGAUCACAACAAGGUUGUGCAUCAGGUGGAAGAAUUAUUCAACCCUCUCAAUCCCCGUCAAAGGGAGGUGAUGUUAAUUGUAGUGCGCAUUCACUUUCGGACUCUGAUUUACGCACUAUGGAGCGGUUGAAAGAAGAGAAUCAUGAAUUGAAGAAAAGAUUAGAGAAAAAGGAGGGAGAGGGUUUAGGUGAAUUGCUGCAAGAUUUGCAGUCUGAACGAGAUGCGCGGAAAUCUCUUGCAACUCAGCUCCAAGUGGCCCAGGAAAAGAUUGAGGAAUUGAACAGGGAACAAGAGAGUCUAAUCGACAUAUUUGCAGAGGAGAGGGAUCGAAGAGAGAACGAGGAGAAAUUUUUGAAAAAGAAGCUACAGGAUGCAAAUAAUAUCAUCCAAGAGUUGCGUGGCAGGAUAAGGCAGCUUGAGAAAAUGUAGCCUUCUAACAGCAACAAGAAUUCUGAGAGCACUAACAGAACGAACUUAAUUAGUCAUUCAUUUGUAAAGUUGACCGUAGCCCUGGGUAGUGUGCAAAGGUAAAGAAACUGGAGACAUGAGCUACAAGAUUGUUAUCCGGAGUUGCAGACACCAAUGUUGGUGUCAAAUUUUGAAUCACAACGGUAUGAUAUGUGAAUCUUUCAAUCCAGUUUAGGGAAAAUUUUUGUGCAGAACUAACUCGAGCCUGUACUGUUUUUGUUAGUCUCUAAAGUGUCCACGUGUACUUGUUUAUGACAGUCUUGGAAAACAAAGGAAUGAAUUACAUGAUUAUAUUUUAUUUCA